AUGGACGACUUCACGUUCGACUUUGAGCGCGGCCUGGAGUCUCAGCCGGCGCAGAGGGGCUACCAGGCAGCCGACGAUGGCAUGGGCGGGCGGGGCAACGCGGAGCCCAAGCCUCGCAACUACCGCCAGACCGUGUGCACCUACUGGCUGCGUGGGCUGUGCAUGAAGGGCGACACGUGCGGUUUCCUGCACCAGUUCGACCCGGAGCGCAUGCCCGUCUGCCGCAGCCUGCUCAAGUUUGGCGUAUGCAAGGAGCCGGACUGCCCCUACAAGCACACCCUGGAGGCGAUCAAGGAGUGCAACAUGUACAAGCUGGGGUUCUGCAUCUACGGGCCCGCGUGCCGGUUCAAGCACACGCGGCAGCUGGCGCCGCCGCCCGACCCAGAGACGCUGGAGGCGGCCAAGCCGCGGGAGCAUCGCAACCUCAACAUAGUAGCCAACCAGGCCAACGAAAACAUCAUGCCGGAGCGGGAGGCGCGCGGCCCGCGGCGGCCGCGGCCCGGCGGCGACGGCGGCGGCUACAUGGCGCUGCCCGGCGCGGGCGGCGGCGGCGGCGCGGGGCCCUCCGCAGUGCAGCAGUACGCGGGGCCGGGCGGCGCGCGGCAGCCGGGGCAGCAGUACGGCGGGCAGCAGGCGCCGGGGUAUGCAGACUCGGCGCUGCUGGCGGCGGUCGGGCAGGCGGAUCUGCGGUACGGCUUCUGA